UACGUGGAGCGUUGUAAAUGCAUGCUGGAGCAGAUGCGUCAAGUUUGCCCUCAGAUGGAGAAUGAUGGGAUCUGCAACAUCUGGAUCAUUAAACCAGGCGCCAAGUCACGAGGCAGAGUCUUACCUUGACUGUUGUAGGUAUAAUGUGCAUGAACAAGCUGGAUGACAUGUUAGGUUUAGUGGAUGGAGACCACUGCAUCAUGAAGGACAGUAAAUGGGUGGUGCAGAAGUAUAUAGAGCGGCCUCUCCUUGUGCACGACACUAAGUUUGAUGUACGGCAGUGGUUUCUGGUCACAGACUGGAACCCGCUCACUGUGUGGUUCUACCGUGAGUGCUACCUCCGUUUUUCUACGCAACCUUACUCCACUCAUACGCUGGACAGCUCUGUACAUCUUUGCAACAACUCCAUCCAGAAGCAUUAUCAGCCAAGCCCAGAUCGCAGUCCUUCUCUUCCCGCCGAGUGCAUGUGGUCAUGUUCGCAGUUCCGCUCCUGGUUGGCUGCUUCAGGCCGUGCUGCUCUGUGGAAAACGGUUGUUGUUCCAGGCAUGCAAAAGGCUGUCAUUCAAACCCUCUUGACCGCACAGGACAGCGUGGAGCCUCGUAAAGCCAGUUUCGAGCUCUAUGGAGCAGACUUCAUGCUGGGACGAGAUUUGAGACCUUGGCUGUUGGAGAUCAAUGCCAGUCCUACCAUGGCACCCUCUACAGGAGUCACCGCUCGACUCUGCCCUGCUGUACAGGAAGACACUCUGCGGGUGGUGCUGGAUCGACGCUCUGAGCGCAAUACUGAUACCGGUGGCUUCCAGCUCAUAUACAAACAGGCAGCAGUAGAUGUUCCUCAGUAUGUGGGAGUGAAUCUUCUCAUCGAGGGCACUUCAAUCAGACGUCCUCGUGCUCCUGUCCACAAGUCUCUCAUUCAGUCUCACCCAGAGCCGCUAUCAAAAUCCACCAAUCACAAGUCCUCGCUCUUAAGCAGCCCCUGCACUUCUGGCAAGGAAAAUCAGUCAGAAGAGAUGAAAAGGGCCUGUCCUAACCUUCCCAACCGUAAAAUCACAAUGGACCAAUCCCUGAUCUUUCACCCUAAAAGGAAACGCCCCCACAGACUAGUCUUACCUUCAACCUGUUGCGUUCUUCCAAACCCAACAGAACUUCAUCAUCCACAAAGACUAUCCCACACUCAGCCCCAAUCAGAUCGCCCUCACACACACAGGACACGCAGCAACCUUCCAACUCUCUACCGUCCAACUCCAUCAGUGGAGGUGAUCAACAUUCGACCCCGACAAGCUCUCACCUCCAGUCACUACAUCCAUAAAAUACACACAGUCAACCUAUCUUACCCAGUGUUGCGCAUGCAGCAAAACCACAGGCGAUCCAAAAACACGUUUGCAGAGAGAGAAGGGCCAAAGUCAUCCUGAGGGAACUUUUUUAUCAAUUCAUAUGACCUAAAUAGAGCAAAUACAUUUUACACCGCAUCAGUUGUGUUGUGGGUUUAUCUUUCAAUGCUCUGGAUUCAACAUCUCUAUAUGUUAUUAAUCUACUCUCAGAAAGGGAACAGCAUAUACUGUAGAUUCAAGAAGAGCACUCAUGCAGAUUUAUACCAAUUAAGAGCAUGUUUAUUAAGGAUAAAUCAUUUACUUAUGCCUCAUGCUUUUCCAAAUCCUGUAUUAUUUCAUAGAAGACAAAAAGGAGAAUGCUCAUUGGUCUCUUCUAUAUUUAUAGAAGCAUUUGCUGAAAUACAAAAAAUAGUGUAUUUGCUCUUUACUUCAACAUUUCUGAAACUGCUUUUAAAACUCGUGUUAUUAUUUCUUCUGGGCUGGUUCACACAGAGCAUCUUUGUUUGUGGUUAAAGAUGAAGGUAAGUGGGUAAAAAGCAAAGGGUUCUUCUGUAAAAUGUUACUGGGGUUAAUAUGCCUUUCUUGUUUUCAGUACAAAUAACUAAUAAUUAUUUAUUCGAGAAGCAUUUUCUAGACAAGUAAAAAAAAAUUUGUCUUGCUUUAAGAAAUUAUAUGCUAAAAUUAAGUAAGUUUUUCCUUAAAGCAAGCAUAAUAAUCUGAUGUCAUAACCAAAAACAAGAUUAUUUAGCUUGUUUUGAGAAAAAACUCACUUUAAUUUGGUAUAUUAUUUCUUGAUACAAGACAAUAUGUUUUGCUAGUCUAGAAAAUGCUUCUCGUUUUAAGAAAUUUUAGAUAUUCGGACUAGAAACAAGACAAAAAUUAAGUAAGAAAAGCAUGUUUGCAGUGUGCAUUUGUCCACAACCUUGGGGAAAAUGGUCAAAAAUGUCAGUUCAUGUGCUGUAUGCAAGCUUGCACUCCAGACUGUUGUGAUCUUUUGUAGCUGAUGCCUGGUAUUUUCUGAAGCAUGAGGAUGAUGAGUUCAAAUAAACAUGCUUUAUUGUUCUACUGAUGAAAAAAGUCACCAUCUUGGAUUGCCUGAGGGUGAGUAUAUUUACAACAAAUUCUCGUUUUUGGCCAAACUAUUCCUUUAACUUGAGCUAUUGUGUCAUGCACACAAUGCUGAAAAAGCAUCAUGCAUAUUUUACAUAGAAACAAAUUGUAAAGGAAACAAUUGUUGGAAAUGGUGCCUAAGAAUGUUUUUCAGCCAAAGACACAUCUUUAACAUAAUGAAAAAUAUAUUAUGUGUGAGAGAUACUGUAGCAGUAACAAAUGCCUGAUUAUCUAUUGGUAUGGAAAACUUUAAAAGGGCAUUCCAGUAUGUUUGUUGAUAGUGUAUUCAUGUCUUAAUUGUAGUAUUAUAAUAGUGCUGAUUUUUUUUUAUGCUCAGUGUGUUUCCAGUCGGUUUGUUGACUUAUAAUAAAAUAAACCUUUUAAAAAUUAAA